AUGACGAAAAAAAGAUUAACCUUAGAAGAUGCUUGCGCAAUUGCUAGAAAUCAGGUUUCCCAUACAAUUGAAGAUGCUAGACAAAUUGCAAUUAGUCGAAAUGGAAAAUGUCUUUCAACAAAAUAUAUUAAUAGUUAUUCACAUUUAUUAUGGCGUUGCUCUAAAGGACUUGAAUUUCUUGCAAGUUUGCAUCAUGUCAAAAUUAGUAACUCGUGGUGCUCAAAAUGUGCAAAAGUAGCUCGUCAUAGUAUCAAGAUUGCUAGACAAAUUGCUAUUAGUCGAAAUGGAGAUUGCAUAUCUACAAUUUAUUAUAAUAAUCACUCAGCUUUACUAUGGCGAUGUGAAAAUAACUACUAUAUAUUUACUGCUACUCUCAAUGCUAUUAAAAAUCAACACACCUGGUGUCCUUUCUGUUCAAAGAAACGUGAGGAUUUAUGUCGCAAAAUCAUAACAAAAUAUCUUGGUCUACCUUCGCGAAUUCGUAAACCCGAUUUCUUAAAAACUCCAAAAUACCCAACUGGACUAAAACUCGAUAUCCCAUACUAUGAUUACGGCUUUGCGAUUGAAGUGCAAGGUAUACAACAUGAACGUCAAAUCAAAUUCUUUCAUCCAAAUUUUGAAGAUUUCGAGAAACAGCAAACUCGGGAUCAACUCAAGGAAGAACUCUGUGAAGAAAAUUGGAUAGCACUAAGAUAUGUUUGGUAUUAUGAAGACCCAUUCGAGAAAAUUCUAGAUAUCCUUCGAGAAUUGGGUCUUAUUUCUUAA